AUAACCAUCCGCUAAAAAUAUUAAAUACCUAAAUGCCAUGAGGAAGGAGCAUCUUCUGACCAAGUCCAGGACCUUCUUAAGUUCUAACAAGUCAUUCACCAACCACUCAAUGGCCCACCAUUAACAUGCCAUUACAUAACUAAUAAUAUUCAAUACUCAAUGAUUUGCCUUCAUAGUCAUUCUGAUUUAAAUUAUGAACUACUUACUCAACAAGUUGGUCUUUACUGAGUUUCCAAUUUCUACCCAACAAAGUCACAAUAGGACCACAAAAGUUUAAAAUGGCUGCAGUAAUAUAUUAAUAAUUUUCAGUUUUGGUCCUUUUGGAUCACCUUAUAAUUUUUCUAUUCACUCUACUCAGUCAGAUAUGCUGUUGGCAAAUAAAACUAAUGCAAGAGUUCCAGGAAGCAAGAUUUAGUGUUGGCAAAUACAAACAAAAAUCACAAAAAAUCUCUAUCCAAUCCCUUACAACCAAAACCCAUCUCUUCCUAUCUAUAAUCAAUUUCUGCCCAUGGGGGAGCCAUUGACAGAGGACAGAGCUCAAAGCAGAGGAGGAUGGAAAACCUCACCUUUCAUUCUAGGUGCUAUGGUGGGAGUAGCAAUUGCAGUAAAUGGAGUUUUAUCAAACCUGGCAGUGUAUUUGAUCCAGCAGUACAAUAUGGGGAGUAUUCAAGCUACUCAGAUCUUCAACAUCAUUAAUGGAUGUAUCAGCCUUGCUCCUAUUCUGGGAGGCAUCAUCUCUGACUCUUGGCUUGGCUGUUACUCUGUCAUCACCAUCGCCAGCGCUGCCUGUUUGUUGGGCACCAUUCUGGCCACCUUAACAUCAGCACUCCCUUCACUAAGGCCGGCCCCUUGCUCGCUGCCCACCUGUGAAGCUGCAACAAUACGUCAGUUAUCAGUUUUAUACAUUGCCAUGGGCCUGAUGGCUGUGGGAAUUGGUGGCACCCGCUACAGCACCAGCACAAUGGGAGCCAACCAGUUUGACAGUAAUAAAGACAAGGGCACCUUCUUCAAUUGGUUCUUCAUUGCAGCCUACCUUGCUUCCAUCAUUGGCCACACUGCCAUUGUCUACAUACAGGACAAUGCAGGCUGGGUAUGGGGCUUCGGCCUGUGUUCAGUCAUCACCGGCAUUGGGCUGUGGCUUUUCCUCCAUGGCACUCUGUACUUCCGACGUACCAAGCCUGAAGAAAACCCUUUCAUGGAACUCAUGCAAGUUAUAGUAUCAGCUGUAAAGAGUCCCAAGAUAAGGCAAAUAUCUGAAUGUCAUUACCAUACGUUAGACACUGAAGUUGGCAAGCCAACUCCACCUCGAGCUCUUACUGACAGCUUCAGUUUUCUAAAUCGUGCUGCGUUCAAUACUGAAGGCCGAUAUGCUUGUACUGUGGACCAAGUGGAAGACCUCAAGACUCUCAUUCGACUAGCACCUCUUGUAUCAACAUUUCUCCUCCUGAGCAACUCCAUUUCCAUACAAAACAGCUUGACCACUCUCCAAGCACUUGUUAUGGACCGCCACAUUGGUCCUGGCUUCCUGAUCCCUGCUGGUUCAGUGACUGUCUUCGUUCUGAUCACAGCCAGCCUUGCAAUCAUUGUGCUCGACCGUGCUGUCUAUCCGGUAUGUCGCAGGUUUGCCCAACAAGUUCCCACUCCACUGCAGAGAAUCGGCAUUGGCCACCUUCUAAAUGCAUUGGCAAUGGCAUGGUCAGCUUUGGUUGAAUCAAGCCGCCUGAAAGCCUUGAAUUCACACCAGCAAGGUGGAACUAAGACUAUGUCAGUUCUAUGGGUUGUGCCACCUUUGAUACUCAUUGGAGUAGGCGAGGCCUUUCAUUUCCCAGGACAGGUUGCAAUGUUCUACCAAGAGUUUCCACCAUCAUUGGGCGGCACAGCAACAAGCAUGGCUGCGUUAACAGCUGGGUUGGGCUACUAUUUGAGCACAGCAAUCAUAGCAAUGGUUAGAAGACUUACAGGUUGGUUAGAGGAUGAUACCAACAAGUCCAGGCUUGAUAAUGUUUAUUGGAUGCUAGCAGUGAUGGCAAUGCUGAACUUUGGAUACUUCCUCUUAUGUGCAAAGUUAUAUAAAAGGCGGCAGUAGAUUCUCUACAACAUCUGAAAACAAGAAUUAACAUUCAGAUCAGUAGACAUGGUGAAUUUAUGUGGAUACAAAAACAUUACAGUCAAUGUUGUAUAUGAGGUAGGUCAAUCCAACAACAUACUAUCGAAAUAUUUCGAAGUUAAAAUAUACACGAGAAAGUAGAAACUUUC